AUAUCAAUGCUUUGCAUAGUGAGCUUCGGAAGCAGAUGGUCGGAGGACGGACUGAGGGUCCUCUUAAUGUCCCAAGGCUGUCAUCUCAUCAUAUAGUUUCAUUCUUUAUGCCAGUAAAAAGUAAUGGGCUUGAUGAAGCAGAUGUAUUCAAGGAAACGAAACAGUUACAUAUAAAAGACGGUUCUCAAUUUGUCUUCAUGGACUUGAAUACAUUUGAGGAGAUUCGUCUCUCAGAAUCAGAAGUUGGAGACAGGAAGAAAUGGCUGAAAGAGGGAAUGGACUGCAAUUUGUUGUUAUGGAAUGGAAAAGUUAUUGAUCUUGAACUUCCUAUCACGGUAAAACUCUCUGUUGUUGAUGUGGAUCCAGGACUUAAGGGUGACACUGCGCAAGGCGGAUCAAAGCCUGCAACACUUGACACUGGCGCUGUUGUGAACGUCCCACUCUUCAUAAACAGGGGUGACGAAAUAUUGGUGGACACAAGAACGGGCAGUACAUGAGUCGUGCUUAAGUUUUCCCUAAAUUUUGUAGUUAACCUGCAAGGAUUUGUCUUUUCUUGAAUGCCAAGGCAGGGCUUUGUAGCUCAUGCAUAUUAAGCUUCGCGAAUUGGCAUGCACAUUUGCCGUAUCACUGAGAGGCGAUUCAUUGCGUUAAUUGACGAGAUCGUAGUUCAGAAGACUCUUUUUGGGGAUACUUGCUGUGAAAGUUGUAAACCUUGAUCACACUAAUCCAA